AAUGAAAAAAUGAAAAAAUUAGCGAUUUUUAAAUUUGUAAUUUUUUUGGAGGUUUCCUCCAUUUACGGCGAACGAGGGAAUUUUUUUCAAUUUUUGAGGGUAAUGUCUUCGACUAUAUACGGUUUGUGAUCUUUUGACGUAUAAUUGAAAGAAAUCGGUUGGGUGAGAGCUGAGAAAAAGUGGUAACAGACACACAAAAAAAAAAUAAACACAUUUUAGUAAAACCAAAGGCUUCGCAACGAAGCUAAAAUGUUGUAUAGGUGUACGGUUAGUGGUGUACACUCGUUUGUUUUUAUACCUUUCAAUGGUACUCUUUAUACCUAUUCAAAUUUAUAACGAAAAGUAAUCCAGUAUGUGACACUACAAUCAAAUUUAAAUUCAUAUUCGGAUACAUGUUAUAUAAUGUAUGAGAAUGGUUGGGUGGUUAAUAGGAAUAGAAAAUUCUGAAUAAAUUGAAUAAAUUCAAACAAAGUGUGCUUUUGUUAUCAAUUUUUUAUACAAGUUAUUAUAUUAAUUAAAAUGGCUAGAAGAAUUGCUCAGUCGUCUGUCAAUUGGAUUGCUAUUAGCGAACGUGUUCCUGAAGCUCAAAAAUCUGCUUAUUUAGCUUUUAAAGCUAAAUCUGAUGGGUACCUCCGAAAAAUGUUUGCAUUAUCCCCAGAAGCACCUAAAAUUGAUUGGGCCAAAUACAAGAAUGCUAUUCCUAUAGCUGGUUUGGUUGAAAAUUUCGAAAAUCAAUACAAUGCCGUUAAAAUUCCAUAUCCCGAAGACAAAUAUAGAGCAUUUAUUGAUAGCUCUGAAAAAAAAACUGUACAUAUUCUCUUUGUUUAUUCAUAUAUAUUUUAAUUACUCUUUAGAAAAUUGUCUUUAAAAAGUAAAAAUAAUAAAAUUUAAAGAUGCAGGAAAUAGAAGAAUUUAAAAAGGUAGCUGCAUCUAAUAUUAAAGAAGCAGAAUUAAGGAUCGAG